GGGGCACUAACUGAAGGGCUUUUCCUUAGCGAAUUUCUUAAUCUUGAAGCCCGAACGGAAAAUAAAAAGCGCACCCAGCCUAAGUUCCGGAGGACCAAGAUCGCGAAGAACAACCAGGAAGCGGCCUGGCUGGGAGCUACCCCGGCUUCUCCGCUCCGCUCUCUAGGGAGCUUCCCGUGUUCCUACACCGUCUUUUCCUGCCCCGCGUAGCCCCAGCCCUGACCUAGGCUCCGGCCCGGGCCGGCCACUCCGGAGCCGCCAUGUCGUCCGACUUCGAAGGCUACGAGCAGGACUUCGCGGUGCUCACUGCAGAGAUCACCAAUAAGAUUGCGAGGGUCCCCCGACUCCCGCCUGAUGAGAAGAAGCAGGUGGUUGCAAAUGUGGAGAAACAGCUCGAAGAAGCAAAAGAACUGUUGGAACAGAUGGAUUUGGAAGUCCGAGAGAUACCACCCCAAAGUCGAGGAAUGUACAGCAACAGGAUGAGAAGCUACAAGCAAGAAAUGGGAAAACUUGAGACAGAUUUUAAAAGGUCACGGAUUGCCUACAGUGACGAAGUACGGAAUGAGCUCCUAGGGGAUGAUGGGAAUUCCUCAGAGAACCAGUUGAUAAAAUUACGUGAAGAGAGGGCACAUCUGCUCGAUAACACAGAGAGGCUGGAAAGGUCAUCUCGGAGACUAGAGGCUGGGUACCAAAUAGCAGUGGAAACCGAACAAAUUGGCCAGGAGAUGUUGGAAAACCUCAGUCAUGACAGAGAAAAGAUACAGAGAGCACGUGAAAGACUUCGGGAAACAGAUGCUAACUUGGGGAAAAGCUCCAGGGUUCUGACAGGGAUGUUGAGAAGCUGGUGUGAAGGAGAGAGCCGAAGAUGCAGGUGUGUGCCCCGGUGGGCAGCUCUAGGCAUGGCCAUGAGGCCCUCCUGCAAGUCCACCAACGUCCAGAGAUCAAGAUGAAUGUUCUGGUCGGUUAAUGAAGUUUGGGUUUGUCACUGCACCACAAUCCAAUUGUUUCCCUUGCCAGUUCGUGGGGUGAACAGAAUGCUGAGAGUGGAGCAUGGGAAGGGAGUUUAGAUUUCUCACCUGGUUUCUAGCCAGGUGAUACAUUGUCCUACGCAGGAGGCCUCAGUCAAGCCGCAAGUAGUGUGCACUAGUCACUGGCAGAGCAUCUGGGAUGCUCUCUCUGCCUGCACUUCCCUUCAUCCGGGUAGAACUCACUCACCUGGCAAGGCUCAGCUUAAAUCUUAGCUUCUCUUGGGAGCUCUCCCAAGCCCUCAUUUGGAAUAACCAUUCUUCCCUCUGGGUCUCCUCGCUGACUUCUGUCUCCCCUUCAGUUCAUGGUAUAAAUUAUACGGUGUCGAAGUGGCUCUCCUCUGAGGCCGUGAGAUCCUUGAGGGCAGGCAUUGUGUUUCCUUUUUCUUUAUAUCUCUGGAAUACAGUACCCUUCCUGGUACAUAAUAGGUCCUCAGUGAAUGCCUGAUAUAUUGGGAAAAAAUGACUAGAUACCUGAAAUAUUAAAGGAAUUAAUGUUAUUUGGGUGGAGAGUAAUAAAGACAUGCAAAGUUCUAUGUGAAACUCAUCUUUUCUCCCCAAUACAACCUGAUUAAACAGUGACAGUUUCUUCCUCUCUUGAGCCACCUGGAUCUUAAUGGUUAUUUUCUUACAAGGCUGUUGAGUUUACAAGAUGACAGAACUGUAUUUACCUUGGACUUGGGGCUGUCCUCUAUUAAGGAGCUUUCAGCAAAGCCUAGGAGUUAAGUUAUGGCAUUGCGGGCUAAAAGCCAGUGGGGAAACCCUGGGGGAAAAACCCUCAUGGGUAAGAAAUACUUUGUCAUCUGGUCCCUGAGUCUUAUGGACUUAAGCAGUGACCUAGCUGAGUGAUCCCACAGUGAGGCCUCAACAUGUUCCAAGGCCUUAACUUGCUCUGAAUGGGCUCCGGAUUCCCAGUGAUGCCCGCAGCCCCUCAGGGUCAGGGGCCACCAUGCUGCCAGUCAGGCGGGGCAGGUGGAAUGUUGCACAGCUGCGCCUCUGGUUGCAUUUCCCAACACCUCCCUAUCCCACAAUGACUGGUCGUUGGCAUGCUAUUUCUGCCACCUUGUCAUCUCAAUGGCUUGUCUGGGGCCUCAAUGGCUGUAUAUGCGGAGUGCCUGUCCCCAGCCCUUUUUUCUCAGGACAAGCUCGAGUUCACUUCCUCUGGUCUUAUCAAACCCCUUGUUUCCAAAACUGUUAGCCACUUGGGGAGUUGAACUCGACUUCUCCCUCCCAACAUCCUCCCAGCUGAAAUUAAUGAGAAAAACAGUUGACCAUGGUGAGAUGUCUGUCCUUCCCAUUCUCCCCCAUCUACCAUGACUUAGAGGGAUAAGCCUGGAGAAUUUUGUCAGGUGCGUUUCGUACUGCUGGUGGUUAUUUGGCCAUCUCUGAUUCGAGCUCAGCUUAAAGAAACAUAUGGCCCCAGAUUCUGCAAUGCUACAGAUUUGGAACUUUCCCAUGUUAAAAGACUUAACAGAUGAAAUAUGGUUUUCUAUACCUCUUUUCACUGACCGUCAAAAUAACAAGUGGUGUCUUGUCUUUCAACAGAGACACUCUUUUUACUCAGUUAUUCAAUGAAGAAUGUGCUGUUGUCUUUGCUGUAGAUUUUUAUUUUAUUUGUAAAUUGUGCGUGCUGCGUGCUAUGGAAUACUGAAAAGCUAUACACCCUGGCUUGUUAGCUGACACACAGUAUGUGUGAUUACAAAUUGUUUGAAUAACAGUGGACUAUUGAACUGCCAUCCAGAUGUGUGUGGAGUUAACUGUGGGAAUGUCCACAAAAGAGGAUUAUCUUUCUGGUUGCUGGGUCCAAGCCCCCCAGAAAGUGGAAACAUAAGCGUGGAAGCUACUCAAAUAGAACAGUAGCUACAAAUGGCUCUUCAGAAGCAAAAUUAAUCAUUUUUUUAAAUUACACAUUGCAGUUAAGACGAAUUUGUCCUUCUAAAGUAAAUCAGGCAAAGAAAAUACCAAACAGCAACAAAAGAAGUUGCGGCUUUGAAUGGCCUUUGCAAAUGGUUUAGUCAUUUUAUGUUUUUAAUUAUCUACAAAUUCAGAACAUUGUAGACUCAAGAUAAGACCCUGACCAUCCCAAGUCUCUGAGCUAACUUCUUGUGUACUUUAUCUAUGUUUCCAGCACUUCCUUCCAUCUUGUCUGCUGCACCGGAUACCACAAUCAUACAGCAGUUGGCGUUCAUAGUCCUGGCCAGGGGAAAACAAUACAGAAAUCCCUUGUGAACAUUUCCUUUAAAAUAUUUGAACCACAGUGAGAUACUACCUCAUACCCAGUAGAAUGGCUAAAAUAAAAAAGACAGACAAUAACAAGUGUCGACAAAGAUGUGGAGAUAUCAAAACCCUCACCCGCUGUUUAUGAGAAAGUAAAAUGGCAUAGCCACUUUGUCAAACAGUUGGACAGUUCCUUAAAAUGUUCAACAUGGAGCUGCCAUACAAACCAGCAUUUCCACUCCUAGGUAUAUGUAUCCAAGAGGAAUGACAAUAUAGGUUCACAUAAAAACUUGCACAUGUACAGAGCAGCAUUAUUCAUAAUAGUCAAACAGCAGAAACAACCCGAUGUCCAUCAACUGAUGAAUGGAUAAAUAAAAUGGCAUUUUAUUAUUUGGCCAUAAAAAGGAAUGAAAUACUAAUACAACCUGGAUGAACCUUGAAAACAUGCUUAGUGAAAAAACCAGACUCAAAAGACUGUGUAGUAUAUGAAUCCAUUUGUAUGAAAUGUCCCGAAUAGGCAGAUCUAUAGAGAUAGAAAGUAGAUUAGUGGUUGCCUAGAGCUGGAGGCGUUGAGGGGAAAUGGAGGGUGACUGCUAAUGGGAAUGGGUUUUCUCUUUGGAGUGAUGAAAAUUUUCUAAAGUUGAUUGUGAUGAUGGUUGUACAACUUGGUGAAUAUACUAAAAACCAUUGAAUUUUAAACCUUAAAUGGGUAAAUGGCAUGGUAUAUGAAUUAUACCUCAAUUAAGCUGUUUAAAAAUGAAGGCAAAAUAAAGACAGUUUCAGGUAAAAAAUUUUAAAGGUAUUUCAAGGUGAUUUUUUUUUUUUAGAGAAUCAUGCCUCAAAUUAGGAAGUUUUCAAAAACCAUAUAUCUGGACUUUUUUGGCAACAUGAAAAGAAGGGGAAAUGGUUUUAAAUUUAGUAGCUUAUGUCCUUUCCCCCCCGCCCCCGGAAUGAAAUAUCUGUUACUUGUUCAACAAUGUCAAUGCUUUCUAUCUCCACUUGGAAUCUACAGCAGUAAGUUGGCACCCAGCCAUCAAAUACCUAUAUCUACCUUUGUGCAAUAAAGCUCCCUUUAGCAAUGCGUAUUGAAAUAUAUCAUUUGGAACCUAUUUUAAAUUCUGUAGCAAGCAAGUCAAAAAAAAAAAUGUAAAUCAUGAAACAUCAACCAAGUCAGAGGAAACAAAGAAACGAACAGGAAAUCCUCUCUAGAUUCUGUUCUCACUCCACUUUCUAUAGUUUAAUCUAAAGAAAAAUGUGGAAUUUCCUGCGGAGUGAUUAAUAGGCCAGUGUGGUGACAUACAGGAACUCUGAGCUUGACCUUGCAGGUAAAGGCUAACUGGUAUGUGAAGUUGAUUACACAAUUUCCUCUAAAUAAGUUGACAAGUGGCUUGCUCAGUUGCCUUGACUUUUGCCCUUAUAAAUGCACACUUAUAAAUGACUUGCUUUUUCAGCUAAAGCAAUCCUUAUUUUAGAUGUGACAUGUGUUAAGUAAACAGACUGAUAGGGAACCCAGCUUCCUAGCCUUCAUAGCCAGGUCAGAUUAGCAGAGUUGCUAGGGGACAUGAGUUGGGGCAGCCUGAAACUUGGCUUUGAGAUAUGGCUGUAUUUGUAGAGCAUGAGAAACCCAAAACUGUUUUUGUCCUUCCAGUACGGUGAAGUAGACUGGUGGAUUUGAGAAGAUGAUUCCACAUGUAGCUUGAAAUAUUCCAGGAGUAGAGGAGCUAAAUGGUUUGCAUUGAAUGACAAUAGGUUUAUCUCUAGUGUUUAUCUCUAGUUUAUCUCUAGUUCAGGUCUCCUUUCAGGAUGUCAAGUCUGUAAGAAAAUGCAGCCUCUGGUGUUUUGUCCAAAAAUAUCACGGAGAAAAGGCUUCUGGUCAGCAUUUCUGUUCUAUUAUCAUUUUCAUAGGAAGAAAAUAUAGUCCUUUUAUAGUCAAGAGGAUAUAGUUUAUUGAGAUAUUUUUAUUUAAAGAUGUACUACUUCCUUCUAUUUAAGGGGAAAGUUAACAAAAAGCCACUAUAAGGAACAGGAAGUGUUACUUCAGAUGAUAAAUCGAAAUGAUGCUUAGGAAAAUAACUGGUUAUUUGUAGAUUUAUAAGUCAAGCACCUUUAUUGAACUUAAUAUAUCCUGAUUUGAUAAGCGAAAAGAGCUUUGCUAACAUUGUUGAUUUAGCUGGAAUCUAUUUGUGUGUGUGUGUGUGUGUGGUGUGUGUGACUCUUCCUGAAUGAGUUAAACAUUUGGAAAAUGAAUUGAUUUUUAUUUGUAUAUACAAAGAUAAUGCCAUUUAUGCUUUCCAGGUCUAGAAUAUGACAAGCCUUGAGCUCAUCUGGAAAACAGAACAUUAUUAGGAUUCAGAGGUUAAAUUUACCAUCCCACCAUCAAAUCCAUGAAUGUCCCUCUGAAACAAUGUGCAGACCCAUUAUAAAUCAUCUUCCUUCACAUUAGCUCUUAGCUCUUCCUUAGCUCUUACAUAAGAUGAAACUCGCCAGCCUGGAAAUGUUUACUACUUACCACAGAUGUCUCUCUUAGACAUCUUUUUGUUUAUUUCAUUAUUUCAUUCAGUCAUCCAUAAGUAUUUGCAACAAAAGGAUUGCCAUCCAUCUUCCGGCUGGCUGUAUGCUUGGGCAAAGGACUGGGGCUAAUCUGUCCUGCCAUGUGGCUUCCCCUUGAAAGCUGUCAAUACUCAGUAACCAUUAACUAUUAACAACAACAUCCUCAAUGCAUGUGUCUGAGCCAUGUCACUUCCGCCCCAGCUAGCCAGAGCCCAGUUAGACGUACUCAUGAGAUUUUUCACACUCGACUCUCUCUGCUUGUGGAAAGUUCGGAUCUCCUGAGGUUUGGCUUUCAACUCAGCAUGGUAAACCUAAGACUGACGAAUUUCCCACCACAAAGGACCAGUCAGAGAAGUUUCUGCUGCCUCUCAAUUUUCUCUCUCAAGAGAGUGCCCUUUAAAAUUAAAGGAUAAAUACUUCUGUUGUAUACAUUUUAAUCAAAUAUUUCAGAAAUUUAAAAAUAGGACAUAAUAAGUGAACACCCUUCAUAAUAAAUGAACACCCCUCUUCCCAGCACAAGCUUAAGAAUUAAUAUUUUACAAAUACAAAUGAAGUUCCCGUUCCA